AAAUAAUAUUAUAUAUUCUCAGACAUUUCGUUUCCUCGUCACGCAGGUUUUACCUGAAAGAGGGAGAUCCAAGAAAAAGACACAGAGAAUCCAUUUCCAUCUUCUAAUUUUCUCCUUUGGGAUUUCUUUCUCUGCCUCCAAAAAUGCCUGAAGGAACCCUCGAAGUGGUUCUUCAUUCUGCUAAGGGUCUUGAAAACACCGAUUUUCUCUGGAACAAAAUGGAUCCUUAUGUCAUCCUCACUUGCAGAACUCAGGAGCAAAAGAGCUCUGUUGCAUCAGGGAAAGGGUCUAAUCCAGAGUGGAAUGAGACUUUCCUGUUCACCAUUUCUGAUGGCAUUUCAGAGCUCAGAUUGAAAAUACUGGACAGUGACAGUGGCAGCGAGGAUGAUUUUGUUGGAGAAGCAACCAUCCCACUGAAUCCUGUAUUUACAGAAGGGCAGCUCCCACCAAUGUCAUAUAAUGUUGUUAAGGAACAAAAAUACAGUGGAGAGAUUAGACUUGCCCUCUCUUUCACACCUAAGGCACACAGUUACAGUAGGGGUUACGCUGCAGAAGAGGAAAGCUAUGGCGGAUGGAAAGAGUCUGGUUACUGAGACUAGCAUUAAAUCUGUGGGACUCUUUAUGAAAGCAGUUCCAUGUUGUUGAAAUGGAAAUAAACAGACUAUUUGGUUCGAAAGAUUUGGGUUUUAGAUACAAGGGCGCGAUUUCAAGAAUUUUUUUUUUUUUCUCUUCUUUUUUUUUUUUUAAUUUUUUUUGGUGAUUUCAAGAACUUAUAUUAAAUAAUGGAAUUAAUUUGGCUAUUUAAUGUAACAAAAUUAACUGCACAUCCUGGUUUGUAACUUUUUUGUAGUUCACUUAAACGCCCCACUCUCUUGGAUUUUGGUUA